AUGAGCACCGGAAACCCCGCAGCAGAUGACUCGCACGCCGGUGACAGCCAUUCCGGCGCGGACUCCAGGCGUCCCAAGAAGCUGAUCUUCGCGCCCGGCGACAUCGCCGCAACCCCCGACCUCAAAGUCACAGCCACCGAGACCAAAGAACCCGCCUCGCCCGCCCCCGAUGCACCCCAAACCCUCGCCGAACGCCUCCGCUCCGAAGUCUCAACCCCAGACUCCACAAUGGAGAGCCAGAUCGUGUCCCACCCGGCGCGCGCGCACCAGUUCGUGAGCAACCCGCCCCUCACCAUCUCCCAGAUGCACCCAACCAACCCUCUCCACCAAUUCAACACCUGGUUUCGCGACCGCCGGCUGGCGCCCUCCUCGGCGCCGGAGACGUGCACGCUCGCCACGGCGUCCCUGCCUUCGGGCCGCGUGAGCGCGCGCGUCGUCUACCUCAAGGAACUCGACGAGCGCGGCUGGGUCGUGUACAGUAACUGGGGCAGUCGGGAGGGGAAGGGCGGGCAGGUGUUCGGCGCGGAGGCGGAGACGGGCGAUUUCCCCGCUGCGAUCCCGCGGCCCGAGGAGGCAGAGAGUCUGCUCGAGGAACUGCCAGGCGGCAACCGCUGGGCGGCGCUGACAUUCAGCUGGUCCGGGCUGGAGCGCCAGGUUCGCAUCGAAGGCAUGCUGGAGCCGCUGAGUCGGCAGGAGAGCGAGAUGUACUGGGAGACGCGCGAGCGGGGCAGCCAGAUUGGCGCGUGGGCGAGCUGGCAGAGUAAGGUGCUUUGGUCGGCAGAGCCGGAGACGAUGGUGGACCGCCGGCGGAAGAGCGUGGCUGCGGCGGCCGCGGCGCAGGGCCAGGUCGCGGCUACCUCGGCGGCGGCGUGUGCGGAGAUCCCUGCGGAUAUUGACGAGACGGAUAUUGACGAUGGCCGCGCGCUGCUGGAGCAGCGGGUCCAGCAGAUGGAGAAGCGGUUCGCGGGCAUGGAGAAGAUCCCCCUGCCGCCGUUCUGGGGUGGGGUGCGGCUGGUGCCGGAGUCGGUGGAGUUCUGGCAGGGCCGACGGAGCCGGUUGCAUGAUCGGUUCCGGUAUGUGAGGGUGAAGGAGGCGGGCGAUGAGUCCUCGUUCAAGUGGCGGAUUGAGCGGCUGUCGCCAUAG